CAUCCACUGAGGCAUCGGCGCCGCUAGUUAAGGAUAUAGCUUCACGCAGCCAUAUUGCUUUUUAGCAUUUCCACGUUAUAUAUUCUAUAUUUUGCUGUUAACCAAGAUAUAAUAAUUCCGCGGUGAAAGAAAGUCACCAUUCGCAUCGGGAGCACACCAAACCGAAGCCAUGACAGGCUCAAACGAGUACAAGCUAAACCAGGGACCAGAUGACAGCAUCUCUGCUGUCAAGUUCAGCCCCAGCGCAACACAGUUCCUCCUGGUUUCCUCCUGGGAUGGCACUGUGCGCCUAUUCGAUGUGGGAAGCAACACCAUGCGGAUGAAGUACCAGCACUCAGCUCCAGUUCUUGACUGUGCCUUUUAUGACCCAACUCAUUCUUGGAGUGGAGGUUUAGAUGCACAAUUAAAAACUCAUGAUUUGAACACAGACCAAGAUACAAUAGUUGGAACACAUGACGCCCCCAUUCGUUGUGUGGAAUACUGCCCAGAGGUUAACGUCAUGGUAACGGGCAGCUGGGACAGAUCAGUUAGGCUGUGGGACCCAAGGACGCCCUGCAACGCUGGCACCUUCACCCAGCCUGAAAAGGUGUAUACCCUGUCUGUGGCUGGAGACAGGCUGAUCGUUGGCACAGCCGGGAGACGAGUCCUGGUGUGGGAUUUGAGGAACAUGGGCUACGUACUGCAAAGGAGAGAGUCCAGUCUCAAGUAUCAGACUCGCUGCAUCAGGGCCUUCCCCAACAAACAGGGCUACGCCUUGAGUUCAAUCGAGGGACGUGUAGCUGUGGAGUACCUGGACCCAAGCCAGGAGAUUCAGAAGAAGAAGUAUGCCUUCAAAUGCCACAGACUGAAGGAGGAGGGAAUCGAGCAGGUCUACCCUGUCAAUGCCAUUUCCUUUCACAGUAUCCAUAACACCUUUGCCACAGGUGGCUCCGACGGCUUUGUGAACAUCUGGGACCCGUUCAACAAGAAGCGCCUGUGUCAGUUCCACAGGUACCCGACCAGCAUCGCCUCGCUGGCCUUCAACAACGACGGCACCAUGCUCGCCAUCGCCGCCUCCUACAUGCACGAGAGGGGAGACAUCAACCACCCGGAGAACACCAUCUUCAUCCGCCAAGUCACAGACGCCGAGACGAAACCCAAGUGAGUCUCCGUCACCCCUCGUGUCCUCACUGUGGCAGUCCGCUACUCACCCAAUCUUGUAUGCAGCUGCAUUUACAAGGAGGCACGUCCAGCUGCACAAUAUGCCGAUCGGUAUCUCUGUCCGUCCACUUUUCAAUAUCCGACAGUUGAAAGAUAGACAGAUGAGAACUUGGAAAUCCUCCCCCCCCCCCCCCCCAGUAUGUGUAUGUGUGUAUGCUGCUGUAAAUAUAGAACCCUGCUGUACCCCCACAAUAGCCCUGUAUUAAAUACUACUUUUGUGAAACUAAAUCAAUGUUUGACCAGGAACUUUUAUAAUACCUUUGAUUGUUUUUAUGCAUUAUAUGGUCGGAUAUACUGGACUCAAACAGUAACACAUUGUUGGUCAAAUGUUUUGCUCCUCCGAGGACAUUUGUCGUUUUCAAGAAUGUUUUCUGAAGACCAAGGUUUGAUUUUGUUGUAAUAUUGGUACAAAAAUGCUCCCACUUGUGUUCCACAGUAGCCACAUGACUUUCUCACUGUUCAUCCGAAAUAGGGAUGCACCAAGAUCCAGUGUACCAUGACCAUAUAUAUCGCUGUCAUUUAUUACAAUUCCAAGAACAGUUUUUAUUUCCCUCUUUGACUUCUUGUUUGUUCUAACUCUACUUUGUGUCUCUUGCUGAUUUUUAUAUUCUCCUAUUUUGUCAUGUUCUGCUUGGUUAUUGUGCAGUGGAUGAUGGAGUUACAUUUCAUCUUGUAACACUGAUUACAUUUUUUUUUUUUUUUAAACGUUGACCGUAUGAUAAAACAUGUUUAUAUCAA